AUGCCCCCAAUUCCGCAUGCGAUGAUGCCACCAAUAAUCCCACCCAUGGCAGGACCACCACCUCUUGCUCAGCUUCAAAACCUGGUGCCGCCAUUAAUACCAACCAUGAUGCUACCAGCAGUAACAACCACAGCAUCUUCAAUGGUCACAGCUCCAGGAAUAGAGUCUGUCAGUUCAGUGCCAGCUCCAUCGAUGCCAAAGACUGUGGAUGACAAGUCACCCUCUCAGGACAUUCCAAAAAAGAAAUCCCUGUGGACAGAGCACAAAGCACCAGAUGGACGAACCUACUACUACAACACAGAAACCAAACAAUCCACCUGGGAGAAGCCAGAUGACUUGAAGUCUAAAACAGAACUUCUCUUCUCACAGUGUAACUGGAAAGAAUAUAAAUCAGAUACAGGCAAACCCUAUUAUUAUAACUCUCAGACCAAGGAAUCACGCUGGACCAAGCCCAAAGAUUUAGAGGAACUGGAGGUUUUGAUAAAACAAGAGGAAGAAGCCAGAAUUGACCAUGAGAAUCAGUCUGCUGCAUCUAGUCCUCAUUCUACAGCACCUUCUUCUGAAACUGAAAUGACACCUACAGAGGAGAUAAGAGUCAUACAGCCCAGCGUUCCAGAACCCACUGACGCCCCUGAGAUAGAAGCUAUGCAGGAAGACUCCACAGUUUGCCAGAAAGAGAUCUCUAAUAGUGAUUCUUCACAGUUGGAGGAUGGAAACAAAAUAGAACCAGAGAAGAAAGUUUACAAUUGGAACACAAAGGAUGAAGCAAAGCAAUUGUUCAAAGAACUACUAAAAGACAAGGGGGUUCCUUCCAAUGCCUCAUGGGAACAUGCAAUGAAAAUGAUUAUAAAUGAUCCCCGCUACAGUGCACUGCCCAAGUUAAGUGAAAAGAAGCAAGCAUUCAAUGCUUACAAAUCACAGCGUGAGAAGGAAGAAAAGGAGGAGACAAGACUUAGAGCUAAAGAAGCAAAAGAGAGGCUACAGCGCUUCCUAGAGCAACAUGACAAGAUGACUUCAACCACUCGCUACAGGAAAGCUGAACAGAUGUUUGGUGAUCAGGAAGUGUGGUCUGUUGUUCCAGAGCGAGAUCGCAAAGAAAUUUAUGAUGAUGUCCUCUUCUUCUUAGCAAAAAAAGAAAAGGAACAGGCAAAGCAGCUAAGGAAACGCAAUGUUCAAGCAUUGAAGAAUAUUCUAGAUAACAUGAGCAAUGUCAGCUUUCAAACCACAUGGUCAGAAGCCCAGCAGUAUCUCAUGGAUAACCCCAUGUUUGCAGAGGAUGAGGAGCUGCAGAAUAUGGAUAAAGAAGAUGCCCUCAUUUGCUUUGAGGAGCAUAUCAGAGCUCUGGAGAAAGAUGAGGUAGUAGAUAAAGAGAAAAACCGUCUUCAUGAGAGACGGCAGCAGCGCAAAAAUCGAGAAUCUUUCCAGGUAUUUCUUGAUGAGCUUCAUGAGACCGGUCAGUUACACUCCAUGUCUACGUGGAUGGAGCUUUACCCUUUUGUCAGCACCGACUCCCGGUUUGCUAACAUGUUGGGACAGACAGGCUCCACUCCGCUUGAUUUGUUCAAGUUUUAUGUAGAAGAUCUGAAGGCUCGAUUCCACGAUGAGAAAAAGAUCAUUAAAGACAUAUUGAAGGACCGUAAUUUCAGUGUAGAAGUGAACACUACAUUUGAAGACUUUGCUCACAUUAUCAGUUUUGACAAGCGAGCCGCCACACUUGAUGCAGGAAACAUUAAGCUAACAUUUAAUAGCUUGCUGGAGAAAGCCGAAGCUCGGGAGCGUGAGCGAGGAAAGGAGGAAGCUCGCAAGUUUCGAAGGAAGGAAGCUGCAUUUAAAAGCAUGCUAAAGCAGGCGGCUCCUCCUCUGGAAGCAGACAGCAGCUGGGAUGAGGUCCGAGAGCGCUUUGUUGGAGACGGUGCAUUCAAUCAAAUCACAGUGGAAUCAGAAAGAAUCCGCCUAUUUAAGGAGUUUGUUUUAUCUAUUGAGAAUGAAUGUCUGCAUCAUCACUUCAAAGGCAAGAAGCACUCAAAAAAAUCGAAGAAACACCACCGUAAGCGCUCACACUCACGGUCACCAAGUCCUGCAGAACAGAUGAAAAAGAAGACUUUGGACCUGUUCAAUAUGUGGGACAAUGCUGGGACUGCGGAGUAGGCUUCUGAAACUGAUGAGGAAAACCAUCAGCAUCGACCACAGAAAAGAAAGAAGAGAGAUAAUUCAGGGUCAGGAUCUGACAUCUCAUCAUCACUUGAUUCAGAACAUAGCACAAAGAAAUCUAAGAGACAGAAGAAGAAGAGCAAGAAGAAAAGGCACAAAUCAAACAGUCCCGAAAGUGAAUCAGAAAAGGAGAAGGAAAAAAACAAGAGAGAAAGAGAUCAGGAAGAUGAGCAACUGAAAGAGAGAGCAAAAGACAGAGACCAAGAUCUGGAAGUGGAGACUGCAGAUGGUCACCGUAGGUCACUAAAGCAAGCCACAAGAAAGGAGAAAACAGGCUGGGACACAUCAGAGAGCGAACUCAGUGAAGGAGAGCUGGAAAAGAGACGACGAACACUACUACAGCAGCUGGACGAUGAUCAGUAG